GUUUUUAAUUGUACGGAUUCCAAAAAGAGUAUGGUGGAAUGGUGAUACUAAGAAUUGGUCUCUUACAACAGACACAAUCCGUAAUUCGGCAUCCUACAAUUUUGUUACUUUUUCUUCAAAAACACAGCCCACAUGGGCAAAAAUUACUUUGAGGAUCUAUUUGAGAAGGCUUUUGUUUACAUUCACUACGAUGAGAAUGUUGAAAGCUGUAUCUUUCGCGCGUCUUGUUGGCUAAAAGAGGCCAACGAACUGUAUUCUUCAAGUCAAUGGAUGAGCUCUUAUAUUUUAUAUUUGAGAGUGUUCAAACUUGUGUAUAUCAUUCCUCAACGAUUUCGUAUAUCUAAAAACGCUUCCUACUAUAAUGAUCUUCUACAAAUUCAAAAGAACACAAUACAACUCACAGAGCGACUUACGACACUGCAAAAAAGGAUUGCAGUGAUGCAUGCAUUUACUCCCAUCGAACUAUCUCACGUUUUACAGCUAGCAAACCAUCAUGACCCCUCUACGAUUUUCUUAAAUAUUUAUGCUCAUAACUCUUCGAAGGAAUACAGUUUUUCGUCGGGUACUGUUUUUUUAGAUGCCUCAUUCAUUCAAAACAAUUCAUUAGAUGCCAUUCGUACAGUCAUCAAAACUCCCCACCAAGCUCACAUUAAAACUGCUAUCUGUUACUCAUGUGACAAUAUGCUUGACGAUGCAAAUAUCGCAUCUAAAAUAUAUUUAUCAUUACUUGCUAUGGGAAUUACACCUCGUUUCUUAGACCUAAAUUCCCCCGCAAAAGUUGGAAAGAAUACUAUUUCAAUAAGCCCAGUUGGCUUGACAAACCUUGGAAAUUCGUGCUACAUGAAUUCUAUUUUGCAAUGCUGUUUCGCAUGUUCACCUUUCGUCAGUCUGUUUAUUGAUGGUCAAGCCUUACGAAGUCUUAAUCAAAACAACCCAUUAGGCACUGGUGGAAAACUGACAACUGCGUUCACAAGCUUGUCUCAUCAAGUACGAGCAUUACAAGGGCAAGGAGUUUGUUCCCCAAAAGACUUUUUAGCCAACGUCUGUAGCAUAUACUCUGAAUUCGACACAGCUUCCCAGCACGAUGCCCAGGAAUUUUUGAACUUCUUUUUGGAUUCUUUACAUGAAGAUUUAAACUCAUCAGCGGGUAAAGCACCAUUGCCAGAAUUAACCACAGAGCAACAGGCUGCUAAAGAACGUCUCCCAAUGUCACAUUUGGCCAACAUUGAAUGGAAUAUCUACAAACGUAGGAACUCUAGCCCGAUCGCAGAUUUAUUCUUUGGUCAGCUUGCUAGCCAAAUCAAGUGUCUAACAUGCCAGCGAACGUCCACAACAUUUGCACCAUUCUCAUCUUUAGCACUACCUAUAAAAGACACGACAACAUCUUGCACACUCGAAACUUGUAUCAGUGCAUUUUCAAUGCAAGAAGUCUUACAAGGAAACAACGCAUGGCAUUGCCCAAAAUGCGACGUUCCUAGAGAUGCAAAGAAAACAAUGAGCGUUUCACGAUUACCGUCCGUAUUGAUCUUUCAACUUAAACGGUUUCGUAUGAUUGGCACAACUCAUCGUAAAAUUGAGACUUCCCUUGAGUUCAAGAAGAGAAUAUCAAGCGGCAUGAUUGUUCCACCUUCUUUUCAAUCAUCUAUAUACUAUGAACCCGUUGAUUAUGAACUGUUUGCAUUUGUAAACCAUUAUGGAGAUUUGGAAAAUGGUCACUAUACGGCUACGGUAUUCCAUAAUUAUGAUUGGUAUUACUGUGAUGAUGCCAUUGUGCAACCUGUUACGGAUUUUAAAAGAAUUUACCAGAAUUUCUCGACUGCGUACAUUCUGUUUUAUCAAAAAGUUGAUGCGGCAAAUUAGCGAAUACCUGGAAAUAAUAAUAAAUUUUGACGUUUCUUAAAUAACAAAAAAAAUACACAUCUAUGCUCCGUAACAAUUAAAAGAAUUUGAAGUCACAGAAAUAUGACAAAUAAGAUUAAACAUUCUAGGCUGUCUUUCGCUUGAUAUUUUCACGAGCUGACUUUCGUUUUUUGAAUAAAACCGGCUUCCCUAAAUCGUUUGCUGACUCAUUUUUACCGAGUUGUUCAAUUUCCGGUGCUUUCUUUUCUUGAACUUUAUAUUUGGACAGUUCAUUAAAAUCGGUUUCACGAACUAUUUCUCGAUUUCGUUUCAACGAUGGCUGUGACAAUUCAAACGAUUUAGAAUUUUGUGAGCAUGAUUCUGAGUUUGUGGACUUUUGUUCAGCUUCACUGAUCUGUGUUGGAAUGGAGUCAGUUUCAUUUACAGGUGUUGUCAAUUGCCAAUCAUCGAGUGUAUGAAUCUUUUUAGCAGUUUGCUUUAUGGGUUCUUUCCGUACAACUUUUCGUUCGUACGGAGCUAAUGUUGAGUCUGAUUUCGGAGCCUUUUUUGCUACGUUGUUAACAAUCCCAUUUUGAUUUCGCCGGUGUAUAUCAUCCAUGAACUUCUUAAUUGCAUUUUGAUGUUUGAAUGUAGCUUCAUGUUCGCGUCGACCUAGUUUUGUAUCUGUAACAAACUUUUAAUGUUAAUAAAAAUAAGAACUUUUUAGACGUCGAUGUAAAAACCUUGUUACAAUACUUGCAAAAAUACUUUGG